AUGAAAGCCUUUUUGAAGCUCUCCGUGCUGCUCGUAGCUGUACUGUCAAUUGAUGCUGCGCCCACUAACGACGCUAAGACUGCCAUGGCUUCAAUGGACAGCAAGAUUGCCGAGUUUUACUUCAGGGGCUGCGCUCCAGAAACUACCAAGAUCACUCCAUUGGGGAAUGGCGUCACUGAGUACACAUGCACCAAAAGCAAGGCAGCGCUAAAAGCACGCGCAUUUUCUAGUCGCCAUACCUUCGGGACCAAUCUGUUUGUAUCUACAUCCAGCGGAGGCAUCAACGUCAACAUUGGUGGAAAUGGUGCCGGCGUUAGUGGUACCAUUUAUGGAUUCCGUUAUUCUGGUUAUGUUGACUCUGCCUGGGAGACGUCCAGAGCUGUGGUUUACCCAAUGAAAUCAUCUAUCGACGAGGUAGUAAACCUCCCCAAGGCAUGCUCUAGGGAUGGUCACUUCUGCUUUGACACGUACGAAGGAGUUUGCGCGUUCUAUUUUUCGAACAGAGUCUGGGAAAGGUCUUGCCCAGUUCUUAAGGUCAUUGAAUUUUCUGUUGAUCCCUAG